UCUGUCAAUUUUGUGAGCAUUUUCUUCAAUGAUAUAAUUAACAUUUCCAUCCAUGUUGUUUGCUGCUAUGUUAUGAACUCAAUGCAUCUGCCUUGAGAUUGGGUAUUAGCCUAUUAGUUAUGUAAAAUCUACUUAUUCUGCAUAUACUUAUAUCACGAUACAUACCCUUCACGUGUUCCCAGAAUCUAUCUCGCUCAUCUCACAUUACGCAACAAGCCGAGAUCAUGGCCGAAGUUCUCGGUACAGCUCUUUCGAUCGUCGGGGCAGUUGGAGUCCUCGGUCAAAUCUUCUCCGGUUGUAUAACGGCGUACUCACUCUUCACGACCGCAUCUAACCUCACACGAGACUCGGAGAAACUUAUUUGUAAGAUUAAGAUUGAGGAGAUGAGAUUGUUGGUUUGGGGACGGGAAUGGGGAGUGCUAGAAGGGAGGUUUGAGGAGGAAUUGAAGAGGGAGGAGGGGAUUGGGAAUGAGAGGAUGAGGGGAUUGGCGAUGGAGAUUCUGAGUGAGUUGUAUAGGACUAUGACGGAUUUUCAGAAGUUGAGGGAGAGGUAUGGGGUUGUGGAGGAAAGGUCGGGAAGAGAUGAAAUAGAGGGGAGGGAGAAUGGGGAGAGAGGGGCGGAAAUAGAGAAAGGAGGGUUUGGGUUGGGAAAGCUGAGUUUGAGGAGCGAGUUGUCGAAGAGAGUCAAGUGGGUUAUUGGCGACAAGGAGAAGUUCACAGUGCUUUUACAGGAUCUGAAAGAUUAUAAUGACGGGUUGGAACAGCUGUUUCCACCGUCAAGACUCGCGACCCUGCAUAGGACAUGGACGAAUGAGCUACUACAAGGUGCGCACCGCGAUUUGGGCAAGCUGAAAAUGUUGGAGACGGCGAGUAGUGGGGUGUACCCAGCUUUGAAUGUUUCGGCCAAUCUCAAGCAAUUAAGAAUCAAUUUAGAUGAGAAGGAGACCAAGAAUUUCAAGCCAACUUAUACGCUUAAGAUUCAACGCCAUGCAUUGGUAGUCAAGAAUGCGAACAUGGCAAGAAUUCAUGGACAAUACAAGAAUUCCUCACUAGUAGAAUCACAAGAAAUCAUAGUGGAAUGGGUGGAGUACGAUAGAGAAGACCUCGACGCUCGAUUAAAUCAUCUCCGUCGAAUAGAUGACCUCGCACGUAUGAUUCACAGUGCUUCAGAUCGACACCCAGACCUCCAUACGAUCGAUUGUCUCGGCUACACAGACGACAGUACCUCCUCCCGCUACGGACUCAUCUACCAUUCUCCCUCCUCUGCUUCCUCCUCCUCCACUCUCAAUGCUCUCAUCACUAGCAGCGAUUUCCGCACCCCUGACCUAGGCGAUCGGUUUAAACUCGCCCAUACACUUUCUGUCGCUCUCUGGUCUCUCCAUUCAUUAGACUGGCUGCACAAAAAUCUUUGCAGUAGCAACAUCCUCUUUUUCCCCAGCGCAUACACAAAAAGUCCAGGGAUCUCUAAAGAAAGGGACAAUGUUCCGAAUAUAAGUACACCAUACCUCCUCGGUUUCGACGCUUCCCGCCCAGACCAUAUGGGUGAAAUGUCCAUCGCAUCCCGCAACCCUACAGCAGCAGAUCUCCACCGUCAUCCAUUGUCUCUACAUUCCCCUUCUUGUCCGCGCAAACAGUAUUGUAAAUCCUUCGAUAUAUACUCUCUAGGAUUGAUAUUACUAGAGAUUGGUUUGUGGAAAACAUUGCAAAUGUACCAUAAACCGCAUUAUUCGGCCGAAAGGUUCAGAGAUAAGAUUGUAGUGCAGAAUUUGGUGCCGGGGCUGGGAAGUAAAGUUGGGAGAGGGUAUAAGGAGGUGGUGGAGAGAUGUUUGGCGGUUAAAGAGGAUUUGACUGGGGUGGAGGCGGGAGUAUUGAUGGAGUUUGUGGUGGGGAGGCUGGAGGGUUUGAGGGUUUGAGGCAGGGUAUCUGAAGGUUUCGACUCACAAGAGCUCCCAAAAUUUGAGAGGCCAACAGGACUAAGUUCUCUAGCAAUGAUUUCUUGUCUGGAUAGAUUCAUUGUUCCGAUUGACUUAAUUGAACUACAGACGGGAAUGUUAGGGCACUCUGGUUUAACGAUGUAAAGACACAAGAGAAAAAGAUAGAGGAGGGCUGGAAAAAGGACGAGAGCUGUAUAUGAAUAUGGUUCCAUUCACUGGAUAAAUAGAUUAGAUUGUGAUGACAUAUACGAAUUUACGAAUUUAUGGAUAUUGAAUC